GAGAACGAAGGACAAAGGUGGGCGCAGGAUAAGCACGUGGGCAUCGCCUUUCUCCUAUUGCUUGCACGCUGGCAUCGAGUCUCAUUAGCUGCCCCCCCAACCCAACUAAAAAGCUUCUCUCUCUCACACACACAUCGGUGGACGCACAAACAAAACGUCACAGUUUUGGUACAGUCAAGUAAUCCUAAGAUUGCAGCAGGUUGUAAUCCAAAAAUUGAAUCUUUAUAUCAUCUCUCUCUUGCCAAUUUGAGUAACGCCUUGCUUCUUGACAUACGCGUGUUUUUGGAGGUCGUCUACUUUGUUUCUUUUUUCUCUCUGCUUUGCCUUAGCUUUGCUUUCCCCCGCUUUUCUAAGUUUUUAAUGUUUUUGUUUUGAUUGAUUUGCGUGGGUAUAUUGAUGAUCUUGAUGGGAUUCGUGCCUUCUACUCAUUUGUUUCAAUGUCUAGAUCAAUUGGGGUCUCUCAGAAUCUGACAUUGGACUUUGGGAUCGCCUUGUUUCUUCUGGAUGUCUCUCAAUCUGUUCCACUCCGCUUGAUAUAUAGAUUUCCCCUAAAGCAAACACACCGCAAAAGCUAGAGGCUAGAGCUCUUUGUUUCUUCCUGCUUCUUGUUCUUGUUCUUGUUCUUGGCCUUCCCUCUCCUCUCUCUCUCUCUCUCUCUCUCUCUGUUUGGUUACACAGAAAGGAAAAUUAAAUACCAGGAUAUAGUUGCGGCGUAGCUUUGUCUACCAUGGCAAGGCACGUCCUGUAGUCGGAGAAUUCCACAGGGAGACAAAGGAAAGGCGUAAACAUGAAGUUCAUGAAACUUGGUUCCCGUCCGGACACUUUCUACACCACUGAAGCUGUAAGGUCAGUCUCCUCAGAAGUCUCUAGUGAUCUCAUAGUUCAGGUCAAGGGAAGUAGAUAUUUGCUUCACAAGUUUCCCCUGCUGUCCAAGUGCUUGAGGCUUCAGAGGCUAUGUUCCCAAAGCUCAGAGUGCCAGCACCUCCAAACAGUGCAGCUCCCAGAUUUCCCAGGUGGGAUUGAAGCAUUUGAGCUGUGUGCAAAGUUCUGCUAUGGCAUCACAAUCACAAUCAGUGCCUACAACAUUGUGUCAGCCAGAUGUGCAGCUGAGUACCUGCAGAUGACUGAGGAUGUUGAGAAGGGGAACCUAAUCUACAAGCUCGAAGUUUUCUUCACCUCAUGCAUACUCCAAGGCUGGAAGGACUCGAUUGUCACACUGCAAACCACCAGGUCCUUCCCAUCCUGGUCCGAGGAGCUUGGCAUCACAAGCCGAUGCAUUGAAGCAAUAGCUUCUAAGGUUCUGUGCAACCCCUCGAAGGUGAAUCUCUCGCGCAGCUAUUCCCGAAGGGGAAGAGACGAUAUCUCCUCCUGUAAUGGAGGAGAGAGCCAUAGACAUAAGCCUAUUUACAAGGGGUGGUGGGCUGAAGAUAUUGCAGAAUUGGGGAUAGACCUUUACUGGAGAACCAUGAUUGCAAUUAAAUCUGGUGGAAAGACACCAUCCAAUCUUAUUGGAGAGGCAUUGCGGAUUUAUGCCUCUCGAUGGCUACCCAAUAUUUCUAAAGGCACAAACGUUAACAGAGAAGAAGAGUCAGAUUCAGAUUCUGAUUCGGUUGGGGAUACGAGUUCAAAAUAUAGGCUGCUGUUGGAAUCAAUUAUAAGCCUGCUCCCAGCAGAGAAAGGUGCCGUUUCUUGUAGCUUCUUGCUCAAGCUCUUGAAGGCAGCCAACAUACUCAAUGCCUCAUCUUCUUCCAGGAUGGAAUUGGCUAGGAGAGUUGGAAUCCAAUUGGAGGAAGCCAAAGUCGGUGAUUUGUUGAUACCUUCUCCGUCACACAAGAAUGACAGAGUCUAUGAUGUGGACAUAGUGCUGAACAUAUUGGAGCAGUUCAUGUUACAGGGGCAGAGUCCCCCAACUAGCCCGCCAAGGGCCAAGGAUGGUUUUCAGCCACGAAGGAGAUCUCGCUCGGCAGAGAAUGUCGAUAUCGAGCUUCAGGAGAGGAAGAGGUCUUCCUCGGCAUCUCACAGUGCAAAACUCAAGGUGGCAAAGCUUGUGGAUGGGUAUCUUCAAGAGAUAGCCAGAGAUGCAAAUUUGCCUCUGUCCAAGUUCAUUGCGUUGGCAGAGGCUAUUCCUGAGUUUGCAAGAAUCGAUCAUGAUGAUCUAUACAGAGCAAUUGAUAUCUAUCUCAAGGUUCACCCAGGUCUCAACAAGAGUGAAAGAAAGCAUUUGUGCAGAAUAUUGGACUGCAAAAAGCUAUCGAUGGAAGCCUGCAUGCAUGCAGCUCAGAAUGAGUUGCUACCACUGCGGGUGGUUGUGCAAGUCCUCUUCUUCGAGCAAGCCCGAGUUGCAAUGGCUGGCGGCCAGGUGACCGAGCUGCCCAGCAACAUCAAGGCUCUCCUAGCGGUGCAUGGUGACCCAAGGAGACCAAACGCGUCGUUGAGCUCCAACGUCACUGGCCAAGCAGAGGACCAGUGGAGCAUCUCCGGCCUGAAGUCGCCCAACUCAAAACUCUCAACUCUGAAGACGAAGCUGGCUGAAGACGAUGAUUUGGAUGAGAAUUACCCGAAUGGAAUGCCAAAAUCUGCCAAAGUGAAUAAGGCUGUUGUUUCCUCUCAUCCAACUCGGCCAAAGAGGAUGCUCAGUAAGUUGUGGUCCAUCAAUAGAAGUGCAGCAAGUGAAAAGAACUGAUAAAAGAGUUUUUGUUUCUUUUCUGGUUGGGAUGGUAAAAUAUGGAAGGGUAAUUACACUCUUUACCUUUUGUUCUUUAUUUCUUUCUGGCAAAAUACGUUGUAAUUUCUAGGGAAACAAUCACUGUGCAUUGUUGUUGUAGUCUAUUAUGCUAAUAAGUAACAAGUUUUCCAGAGAAAGUUGAGAGAAAAAUAUCUCAAGGAAGCUUCACUUUGUGGAAACUGAAUCAAGAUAUUUGCUCUAUCACAAUAUUGUUUUGAUGAUCUUAAUAAAUGAAAUUAUGGUUUGAAGAGAAACAAAGAUCAGAUGACUUGGAAGAGCUCAGGAUGAGAGCAGCGGCCUGCAGCUUACUUUCCACAGAAUUCUAAGAACAAAUUUCAGCUGUGGGUUCCCAAAUCACAAUGAUAACCUACGAACCCUGGCAAUCUGCGUCAUCGUCCUCUGAUCAUCAGAUCCAGCACAAGAGCUUCAACAUUAUUCCAACCAUAUCAAAAUAGGACUGUCAUCUGUAAAUGAGAUCGAGCUUUCAGUGUUUGGGUUUGACUGGUUUACAUUUAAGGUGUUUGGUGUCGGAUCAUUUAUGAUCUGAAUUUUGUAAAAACUAUUCAAGUUUACUUCAUUCAUAUGUUAUGCCAUUCAGGUUUGGUAUGAAUUUA